UGUUGUACAAACUAAAUUAUACAUAUAAUUUUAGGAUUACUGAAAUUAAGAGAAAGUUUGUUUGUUAGUUUUUAACUAUACGAUCGCUCGUAUAAGUAUCGAUCGUGAAGAAUGAACACGUCACAUAAUGACCAUAAUGGAUGCCAUGGUUUGUGCAUCCACGAGGAGAUAGAUGUUUAUUGUGUUUUUAUGGGAGGAAUCACGAUUAUUUGUGGUACUCUCUUGUGUAUUUUGUGAAGAGAAGUAACCGAAAUAGUUGUUGAAACAUGCACGAUGAUCAUUAGGCAUUUUUGCGUGAGGUGCGAAGUGUGUUAAGUGAAGAAAGAGUGUGCACGUAAGUGUGUACGAGCUGGCUAAAAGGGUUUAUAACAUCAAGGACGAUCAGCUUGCAAACCAUGGACUUCCUUAAAAGAAAUCAAUGAAACGAGAAUGAUGGUUUCGAAAAAGGUUUAAAGGCACCAGAACUGCAUUGGCUUGAUGCAAGAAAACCCGAAAAAUCCAGAAAUAUAAAUCCUGGAUGACGGGACAAGUGACAAUAUACUUUUGGGCAAUAGUGAAAAAGUGAUCAAUGAAAAGUGAAACUAUGGACAGUAAUACGGAUGCAGACAACUUAAAUCUGAGCUGUGGGGAGAAUGAUAUAGUGGACGAGUUAAAAAUUGCUGCGGAUGAAACUUACGAUACACGUAGUGAAGUUUCAUCUAGUAGUUCGAACUCCGAUUCUAGUCAACCGAGUAUAAGCUCGGUUUCGACAAAAUCCUCACGCGGAGACAAUAAGCGCAAUAGGAAGAGCAGAGGAAAACGUGCUAGGUCUAGAGAAUCGAAAUCCUCUAGUCCUGAAACGAAACGCGCGAGAUCUAAAGAGAGCAAGGGGAACACUACUAAAAGCUAUGAUUACGCUACGAAAUUAAAUUACUUGUUUAGAGACGCAAGAUUUUUCAUCAUCAAAUCCAACAAUGCUGAGAAUGUUACGCUGUCAAAGGCUAAAGGAGUAUGGAGCACGUUACCCCAAAACGAAGCCAACUUGAAUCAGGCUUACAGAGAAUCGAGGAACGUGUUACUUGUUUUUUCCGUAAAAGAAUCAGGGAAGUUUGCUGGCUUUGCGAGGCUCAGUACAGAAUCGAGAAGAGAUGGAGCACCAAUUUCAUGGGUAUUGCCACCUGGAUUGUCUGCAAAAGCUUUAGGUGGCGUAUUUAAAGUUGAUUGGAUAUGUAGGAAGGAAUUGCCAUUUACAGCAACGCUACAUUUGUACAAUCCAUGGAACGAUGGCAAACAGGUGAAAAUUGGUCGCGACGGACAAGAGAUCGAACCAAGAGUCGCAGAGGAAUUAUGUAGACUAUUUCCGGAAGAUGAAGGAAUCGAGAUGACCCCGAUCUUAAGAAAAUCUAAAGAGGCAGCUAAGCAUAUUACGAAAUCCCGUUCUUAUCGGGAUAACAGACCUGUUAACAGUAGUCCUAGAUUCUUACGUUCGAGAGGUGGCAGAGGACGAAGACUCUUUUUAACUUCGCGAUCUCGUUUAGCUUCAUUAGCCAGAGGAUCUCAUUUAGGUAAUGAUCAUAGAGGGUCGCGAGAUCAUCACCAUCACAGAUACGCUAGCUGGUUCAAUCGGGGCGAUUCUCCUUAUUCCAAAGGAUACGGUAGCCCAGGUUUAGGCGUGGCAGCUGCGGCCGAAGCGUACGUCGCGGAUUAUAUGCGUACUAUGCAACACCAGUUGCCUCCCUUACCACCUUAUGCUGCACCUCAUCCUUACGACUCGUUACCUCCGCCACCGCCACCACCCAGGUAUUACGAUGGUUUACCUUUACCGCCCGAUUAUAGCGCGGCAGCUUCGGCACUUGAGAAACGUAGUUACGAAAGGAGCGUAGACGAAUUUUUAUGGAGAACUACAAGUCGCCACAGUCGACACAAUGAUCAUCGAUCAUCUCGCGAUCAUCACCACAGAUAUAGAGACCGUAGAUAAGAAAUUUCGUACAUGCUCCUCAUUCAUCUAUUCCUUCAUUUCCCCAAUGCACACAUUGUAAGGGCUUUCAAAAUAUCGCAACAUUUUUAAUCAUGAAAUAGAAAGUGUUUAAUCAUCAAACAAUUAUUUGUAAUAAUAAUCAAGACGAGAAUAAUUCGAAGUUUUACUCAUGUGAAUUGUAUUUGUGAAUAGUGUGAAGUUUUUCACACAAGUGGGAUCCACUCGGUUUUUAAUCAACUUAUACAUUGACAGGUAUAAUCGAAUUGUUUGCAAUUAAAAUCAAUAAAAUUCUAAAAAUGGUUUAAUCAAUUUUUUGUACAUUGUCACAUAAUAAUAAAAAUCAAUUAUGCAUCUGAUUCACAAUUGAUUCGAUCUUGUGUUACAUGCAUUUAAUAUUAAUGCAAAUCAAGUUAUCCCUUACAUUCGAUAUAAUUUAUUUACUUCCUAUUUUUUUAUUACGCUCAGUAUAAGAACUACAUAUAUCUAUAUAUUUUUGUAAGAUUUAUACGUAUCGACGUUUCAGUCUAUUUUGUAUUAAUAAUAAAUUCAAUUGUGAAUCAAUCUCGUCGUAGAAAAUGUAACGGUGUAAUCGUUUUGUAUUAAUCGAUGUGCAUAUUUUCGUAAUCAAUUUUCGCAAGUCAAUUGUAAAUGUUUUACCAUGGAUCACUGCCGUCGACAAAAAUUUACGUUCACUGUAUUCCAGAAAUCAUUUUACCAUGUAUAUUAUUUAAUUUUGAUCAUUCGUUUCAUGAAAAGACAUUUUUGUUCCAAUUACUUAUACACAUCACAAAUCGUCAAUUACAUUAUUAAUUGUUUCAAGUUUACUGCUUACGAGAACACCCAAACACUACGAAUAUUAUGUAUUAAGAUCAUUCAUUUAUAUAGUAUGAUUUUUGAUCUAUUUCAUAGUAAAUAUUUGAAAAACAA